AUCAUGAGUGAGAAAUGGGACUCAAACUCUUCAGAAAACUGGUAUCACAUCUGGAGUGUCAAUGACACACAGCAUCACCUGUAUUCAAACAAUAGUAUUACCUAUGUGAACUACUAUCUUCACCAUCCUCAAGUGGCAACAAUCUUCAUUAUUUCCUACUUUCUGAUCUUCUUCCUGUGCAUGGUGGGAAACACCGUGGUUUGCUUUAUUGUUAUGAGGAAUAAACACAUGCAUACUGUCACUAAUUUCUUCAUCUUAAACCUGGCAAUAAGCGAUUUACUGGUUGGCAUAUUCUGUAUGCCCAUAACACUGCUGGAUAAUAUUAUAGCAGGAUGGCCAUUUGGAAAUACAAUGUGCAAGAUCAGUGGAUUGGUCCAGGGAAUAUCAGUUGCAGCUUCAGUCUUUACUUUAGUAGCUAUAGCAGUGGAUAGAUUCCGGUGUGUUGUCCACCCUUUUAAACCAAAACUCACUAUCAAGACAGCAUUUGUCAUUAUUGUGAUCAUCUGGGUCCUGGCCAUCACCAUUAUGUCUCCAUCUGCAGUAAUGUUACACGUACAAGAAGAGAAAUAUUACCAUGUAAGAAUCAACUCUCAGAAUAAAACCAGUCCAGUCUACUGGUGCCGGGAGGACUGGCCACAUCAGGAAAUGAGGAAGAUCUACACCACUGUGCUCUUCACCACCAUCUACCUGGCUCCCCUAUCCCUCAUUGUCAUCAUGUACGGAAGGAUUGGGAUUUCGCUCUUUAAGUCUGCAGUGCCCCACACAGGCAAGCAGAGCCAGGAGCAGUGGCAUGUGGUGUCCAAAAAGAAGCAGAAGGUCAUCAAGAUGCUCCUGACCGUGGCUCUGCUUUUCAUUCUCUCCUGGCUCCCCCUAUGGACUCUAAUGAUGCUCUCAGACUAUGUUGACCUUUCUCCAAAUGUACUGCGGAUCAUCAACAUCUACAUCUACCCUUUUGCACACUGGCUGGCCUUCUGCAACAGCAGUGUCAACCCCAUCAUAUAUGGUUUCUUCAAUGAGAAUUUCCGCCGUGGUUUCCAAGAUGCUUUCCAGUUCCAGGUCUGCCGGAAAAGAGGAAAGUCCCAGGAAGCCUAUGUCCUAGGAGCUAGAAACAAUGUGCUCAUAAACACAACUGCUCAGCUCGCCCGGGAACCUGAGUUUCAAAACCCACCUGGGGAAAAUUUGCUUUAUGGAAAAAGUGCUGAAAACCUCCAAAAGGAAUUAGCGAUGGAAGAAUUGGGAAAAGCUCCCAAGAGUAAUGAGAUGUAAGACCUGGUGUGAUAAUACUAACUUUAAUGUGUGUUAUAUAUGUAAACACUGUUGCUUUUUGUGGCUUUGUACUGUAAUUCUUUCUAAGGCACUAAAGAUAAUAUUUACUGAAAGCCCUCUCUGGCAAAAAAUAAAAAAUGUAAACAAAAUAAUCAAGUGGUAUAUAAAAUAUGUACAGUGACUCACAGAUUUGCCUGAAUAAAUCUGAUUCUAAGAAACAGUUUGCAAAACCUGACCUUCCCAAAUUAACUGUUUGUGUGUGAGUCAAAUGAAUCUAGCAUGUGUGCAUGUUCUGUAAAUGUACAUAUCCACAAAUACCAAUUUUCCAUAAAUAGUGGUAAGUAGGCAGUGUUUUGCAUGAAAGUACAUUAUGUCAAUUUUCCCUCUGGUUUUGAAUUUGAAAAAUUUAGACUACAUAUUUAUUGAUUUUCUUGUGUUUUUAGAACUUAAUUUUCUUUGCAAUGUGUUGGAUCCCAUGUAGUUCCUUACUGAGGCUUUUCUCAUUGCCUUCAGUUUACAUGGGUUGACCUAGAAGCAAGAAUUGUAGGUCCAUGGGUAAUUAUGACAUGGGUGACUUCAUUUUCUACGUUGGAACUGACUGCAGGGCCAAAUAAAGAGAGCCAGUAUUUCUUUGUAUUUUUUUUCUUCUAAAGAGUAUUAAGCUGGGAAAAUCAUAAUGUCAAUUCAUGGAAGUUACUAUUGGAUUUUUUUAAAUAUAUUCACAAAUUUUAUGCCCCAGCUGAGUCCACAUUUCUUAUGGAACUGAUUCAGGCCCAAAUUAACCCCCUUCUAACAGAAUCUCCAACCUAAAGAAGCAGAUCCUUUAAUAAGGCACCAGGUGGCAUGGGAGUCUCCUCUCUUCUAAAGUGCUUCAUCAGAGAUGUUCAGCAAUCAUCCUAAGACUCCUAUAAAGUAUAGAAAGAGCAAGAACAAUUAUUUCAAAUCUCCUACUUAGUAUUACACUUAAAUCCAGCACCCUGGGGUUAAUAAAUCAGUACUAUGGUUAAAAAGAAAAUUGGCAACCCCUGGAUUCUACUGUGUCACAAUUAUGUAGUAAUAAUGGUUGUAAAUGCUAGCUUUUAUCUAGGGUGAGAUAGGUCCCAGGAAAAUUGUGAAUUAUAACAAAAUAAUUUGUUUGGCAAAUAAGAAUAAAUCUCUGGAUGUGAAACUGUCAUACUUUUUUUUUUCAGUCAUUGCUAUGGUUUAAGCUGAAAGAUUUUAAAAUAGGCCUUUGAGAUAAAACUGUUGAGGGGUUUGUAAACCAUUUUUAAUUAUAAUUAAUAGCCCAUACUAACUGUACAAAAUAAUGAGUUUCUUUGUGCCAUUUUCAUACAUGCAUAUAACAUACUUUUAAUUUGAAAUGAACUGUGUGAUAUUGUAAUUUGCAUGUAUUAUUUCCUGCAAUCAGGAGAGGACAACUUUUUGAAAUUUUAUGUAUAAAACUUGAUUUUGUGUUCCUUUACCCUAACUUAUUGAAAUACCACUUACAGUUGAUAUGCUUGUAUUAUUUGAUGGAGACUGUCACCUGCUCAUGUGAACAUCCUCUCAUAUUUGACAAGUACUUAAACCUCAUCCCAAGCCCUCAUCUCUCACCUGCUUUAUCCCCGUCUCAGCCCCAUUACCUCUUCUUGAAUGGUUAGAAAAUCCUCACUAAUCAUACCCAGUGCUUAGUCUUGCAUCUUUCAGUUUUUUUUCUACAGUUGGCUCAGUCACCUUUUGGAUACAUAGAUAGCUAAUUUGCUGUCCUUUGUAAAAUGCUUUUCUUCACUCUCAGUAAAGCAUGUGCAGGUACUCAAAGCCCCCGAGGCCUGGCCCUCAUCUAUUGAUUGCAUCUUCCUCACAAAUCACUUCCUAAACUUCUGUCAAACUGAGAUGAUCAGCCUAGAAUGAUGAGGUUUUUUUAAAAAUUUUUUUUCUUUGAUUACAUUUAUCUGCUUCUUUACCACUCAUUCUUCACUAUUUGCCUUACAAUCCUUGAUCCAAGGUCCAUUCAAAAGUCGCCUCUCUCGAAAGUCUGUCUGCAUUCUUUCAGCAGAAGUGGUUGGUUACUCCUGAGCCCUUUCUGACUCUUGUAUAAAACAGACAGACUGACUUGUACUGUAAUUGUUCUGAAUUGUGUUUUCAUACAGUAAAUUUCUGAAGGGCAUGACAAGUAAGACCUUAUUCAUCUUUCGAUCCUCUUCAGUGUGAAUCAAUAAGCAGGCUGUACCUACAUAAUAGAUAAUUGCCACAGGCAGAAGCUGUUUGUUGGUUUGCUUAAGGGGAAGGUAAAAGCUGAAAACAAGUAGAUUUCUGCGUACAGAUUCUAGAACAACAGAGGUAGAAGAUGAAGAAAACUAAAAUGUCUUGAAUGUGCAUAAUCACUAAGUAUUUGGAUUCUGGAACCAUACAAGAUUUGCCGCUGGCUACCUUAAGCUUUGAAAAAUACAUUUUCUAUGCUUGAAUUUUCUCAUCUAUAAGAUGGAAAUAGCAUAGGCCUUUCCACUUGGUAUGCUGUCUUAAAUGAGGUAGGUGGAGGGGGAAGCUUGAAAAAUAAAAAGCAGAGAGUAGCUGCCAUUUAGUAAAUACUAAACUAUUGUUAUUGUUUUGAUUAUUCAAGUUAUAAUAGUAUUAAUGACAUACUAAGUGAUUUUAAACCCUUACAGAAGUAUUCUGAGUCAUAUUUUAUUUUUGGAAAUUGAAGGCAACUCAGAAUUUAAUAGAAAUAUUAGAUAAAAUUAAAAAGCAGAUGAAGUUAAAUGAAAAUAAUUCCUUAUCCUGCUAUCACCUACUAAUAGCCAUUUCUGCUUUCAUUUGGGGAUAUGUGCACAUGCUUUCUUUAAUAAGAUUAUGAUUCUGGGAUAUGAACUUUAUAACCUAUUUAUUCAUUUACUAUAUCAAUAACAUGUUUCCAUGUUUUUUUUUUUUUAGUUGUACAUGAUGCUUUUUAUUUAUUUUUUUUUAUUGUUGGUUGUUCAAAACAUUACAUAGUUUCCAUGUUUUUUGUCUUCAAAAUAUUUUAUUCAUUUCAAUGCUAUUAUUACACCAUUACACUUCUCUGUGGCUAGAAAUGUAAGUUACAAUACAUAUUAUAAAAGAAUGUAAUUAUUAUACCUUGCAUAAUCAGAGGCCUAUUUACAGUUACCUUGGAAUAGACUUCCAAGAAAUGUACAUUUCAUAAUGUUUUAACGUAUGUUGUCUUAAAUAUCUCUUAAAUUUUUUGAAUCAUUUUAUACUUCUGUUAGUGGUACAAGAGGGUUUGUUCACAUACACUCAAAUACUGCACAUUCUAUAAAGCAAGAUUUUCUUGCCAGUUGUAUAAGUGAAAACUUAUAAUCCCAUCCUUGUUGUACAGCUGAACAUUAAAAAUAAUCUUUAUUGAAUGUGA